AUGUAUGUGUGUUUUGGAGCAUGCAAAUUUGGGUUCAAGAGGGGCUGCAGGCCUGUGAUUGGAGUGGAUGGGUGUCAUUUGAAGGGUGCUUUCCCUGGUAUGAUACUAGUUGCUGUCAGUUUGGAUGGUAACAAUAAUAUCUACCCAGUUGCUUGGGCAGUGGUUGAAGUGGAAAACAAGGAUUCAUGGAUAUGGUUCUUGGAGCUCCUAAUCAAAGACAUUGACAAACCAAGGGGGAAGGGCCUUACUUUGAUGUCAGACAGGAAAAUGGGACUACUGGAAGCUUUUGCUGUUGUGGUUCCUGAUGCUAAAAUCAGGUUUUGUGUAAGGCACAUUUGGGCCAAUUUUAAGCUCAAGCUUGGUGGUGAAGCUUUCAAAGAGUAUUUUUGGAAGUCAGCAAGGUCAACAACAAGGGCUAAUUAUGAAGUGAAUAUGCUAAAGAUCAAAGAGCUUUCUGAAGAUGCAUUCUACUAUUUAGCUUCAAUUCCUCCUAGACAUUGGGUUAAAUAUGCAUUUUCUACUUUCAGCAAAUCUGAUAUGUUGUUAAACAACAUAUGUGAAAGUUUCAAUGCUGUUUUGAAGGAAGCUAGAGACAAACCUAUAAUCACUUGUCUUGAAUGGAUUAGGAGGUAUGUCAUGAAGAGGAACACUCUGAAAUGGGAGGGUGUUCAAAGUCAUGAAGGCAGAUUUAUGCCUUAUGUGUCCAAGAAGUUCCAAUUUGUGUCAAGUUUGGCUGCCAACUGUCAUGUAAUCCCUUCCAUGCUGGACAUUUGGGAAGUGGAUUACUACAGUGAUAGGUUUGUGGUGAAUCUGGUUGAGAAAAGUUGCACAUGUUAUAGAUGGGAGCUCAUUGGGAUCCCUUGUGCACAUGCUUGGGUUGUGAUAAUAAAGAAAAGACUCAGGCCAGAGAACUUUGUGGAUGAUUUCUACAGCAAAGAGUCAUACCUGCAGGCAUACACUCCAAGUAUCAGACCAAUGCCUGGUAUGAAACAAUGGGAAAAGAGGACUGACUUGCUACAACCUAUACCACCUGUCAUGAGAAAAAUGCCAGGAAGACCUUCCCUUAAGAAAAGGAAACAAGAAAAGGGUGAAAGGGAAGGAGCUGAGUCAUCCCAAAAGCCUAAGAAAGCACCAAAGUGCUAUAACUGUUGA